AGAAAAGAAAAAAGAAAUAAAAAUCAAUAUGACAAGGUUUCUUGCUUCCUGAUUGUUUUAUUUCUUGUUUACAUAUUAAUUUCUCUCAACGAACAUACCUUGAUUACAUUUUUGCUUUCUGAACAAGUCAAACAAAUUGUUUUCCUUAAUUUUGGAUUUCAUUGUUUUUAAAUUAAAAAUCUUUAGAAUGCAAAGGAAUAACAAUGGCACAGCAGGAGCUCAACCAGCAUGCGCAGCAUGCAAGCACCAAAGAAAAAAAUGCCAAGAAGGGUGCAUAUUGGCACCCUAUUUUCCUGCAGAAAGAAGCCGCGAAUUCCAAGCCGUGCACAAAGUUUUCGGGGUUAGUAACGUCACAAAGAUGGUGAAGAAUAUUCGAGAAGAAGAUCGGAGAAGGGCGGUGGAUUCAUUGGUAUGGGAAGCUUGUUGCAGACAGAAAGAUCCAGUUCUAGGUCCUUAUUCAGAGUAUAAGAAGGUUUAUGAGGAGCUUAAGAUGUACAAAAGCGAAGAAAAUCAAAUGCUUCAACUAACAGGGCAAAAGAAUACUAUCAGUUAUAAAUCUUUAUCAAGUUUGGUUGCUCGAAAUAAUGGUGGCCAUGGGAUUAGUAGUAAUGGAACAGGCGUUGGGGGAGUUGUUAGCAGUAAUGGGUUUAAUUAUUUUCAUGAAAGUGGGAACGUUCUAGUCGAACCAAGCACGUUUGGUUAUCCUUCAAAUUAUAUGCAAUUAUGUUCAGAAAAAACAAGGGGAGAAAAGAAUAUUGAUUCUGUGGUUCCAUUGCAGCAGCAUUUGGUCAGUGGCGGUUUUAAUCAGCAAUACUAUCACUCAGAAUCUCGUGAACCAUCAAGUGUUUGAACGCAAGUUGUGCCUGAAGCCAUUAGACCAUGGGCACGUCUGCUUGGGCAUCACACAACGUUGACCCCCAAUCUCGACCUCCAGGUGAAGAGGGGGCAGAUUCCUCACUUGACAUGGUUGGCUGGAUUCCAUAGUUUUAUUUUUCAAACUGAGAAAACCAUCAGUCCCCUUCAAUAGAAAACAUAUUCGUCAACUUUCCUAUUUCUGAUAAUAUUUACUGUAUAAAAUUGUUCUGCAUGGGAAUAUUUGUACUUAUAAUUAUAGCUCUACUACACUACAACAGAAGGAAAACUAGCUAGGCAUAUCUAGCUUUUGAUAAAUUCCAA